AUGUAUUAUCAUCCGCUGAAGAGUCCUCAUGGCUCCGGAAGGCAUCGCUCCCGAUAUUGUGGAGAACGCAGCACAGAGCUUCAAAACCUAAUCCUUCGGUUUCGGCGAGUUCGUCGAGUUUGUCGUCCAUAUUUCGCAAUCGUCGUUCGUCUUCUCAUUGUCUUGUUCACCGUCAUUGAGCUUAAACCGACUAUUAGCCACUUUGAUGACGAACUCCUUCCGUUCAUCUCCAGAGUUAACGUACUGCUCGGAACAAUGGCAUCUGUUUUUUCUGUUAUCUACUUUGACGUGCGCGCCUUCAAUGUCAUAGUGAUCCUGGCUAUCUUCAUUAAAUUCCUCUUCGACAUGACGGAGCACGAGCGCUUCUCCCUCUUCCAGCAGCUCGCUUGGAUCACUCUCCACGCGACAGCCGUGCUCUUUUCGAUGUUCACAGGGCGAAGAAGGUCGAUAUGCAAGCCGACGGCGUUCAAAUCGCCCAUCAAAGGCGAUAGCUUUCUUUCUUGCACGCUCAAGCACAUGCAGCAGGUAGAUGUGCUGGAGGCUGGGAUUCGGAUGCAGGUGGCUAUCCUGGCGAUUGAUUACUCGCUGUCGUCGCACGUGGGGGGCACGGCGUUUUUCUUCACGCUUCCCUUCGCCGUGCUCUACGCGACGGGUUACUCGACGCGCAGAAACGGAGCUGUGACUUUGUUGCUGCUGUUCGUUUACGCGCUAUCGAGCGAGAAUUCGCCGAUUCUCGGGUUUAACUGGGUCAAGGUGGUAAGCACGAUGGCAGCAGCGGCGUUGACGUUGAGCGUGGGGCCGGGGUUGUUGACGGUAGACGAAUGGCUCGCUUGCUCCAAGCAGCUGUGCUACUAG